GGACAGGUUCUUGAAGAAAAAUAAGUAAGAAGAAAGAAUUAUCCAAAGAGGCAAGCUCAGCAUACGAAAACUGAGAUGUGGCUGCUAUCAUUCUGUGUGCUCGCGAUCCCUGGCCUCGUCCUCAGCGCCGGACUCCCAGGUGGCUUUUACCGAAGACGAGUGGACGCCGAUCCCAUCUACGAGCAGAUGGCACACUUCGCUAUAGCAGAGCACACAGCUAACCGCGAGUACUUUGAUACGGUGCUGGACCUCUUUCAAGUGGACGUUCAGAGUGCGGCUGGCUUCAACUACAGGCUGAAGUUUACUACGGCGGAAUCAACAUGCCGAGGAGUGGAUACAUACAGUCCGGUCACCUGCCGGCCUAAGGUUAAGGAGGUGAAAGAAAUCUGCACGGCAUUUGUCUUCUUUGUCCCAUGGGUUGGAUAUCGCCAUGUCACUUCAAUGCACUGUCAACCACCUGACAGGCGAUUUCGUUGGUAAUAAACAAGCUCAUUUUCAAUAUCUCAUUUGAGAUUGCAAAGGACCGUGCGCAGACAAAGCGCCAGUCUCAAAUUAGAAAAAACAGCUCACUGAUAUAUGGGUGGUUCCAAAGUGAUCAGACUGUUCUAAGACUUGCAUUCAUGCCUGAAAGCAAAGAAUAGUCCAGAAAUUAUACAUUUCAUAAGUCACUCGUACAUGAGGACUUAAACUGAUUCUACACUCGAUGCUUGUUUACCUUACUACCUACGUGAAAUAAUCUGCCUGUGCCAUUUCUUCUGCAAAUACACCAAAUAUAGUUAAACUCUGAGCGUGCAUUCAGCGUCAUUGGUUCUUCGCGAUGGUGAGACUUUUUCUUACUUUUGUUAACUGUUUCUGCUGUAUGUUGCAUUGACAACACUCAUGAAGGAUAUGUUUCCGUAGGCUUGUACCCCUGUGCUUUGACAUAGAUGCCUACUGCGCUGUUUGCAGAAAUCAUAUGUAGAAAUC